AUGCCAACUUGUACCAUCUGUUUGGAGACCCUGAAGUCUCCAGUCGCCCUUCCGUGCGGUCAUGUGUACUGCCAAGAAUGUAUCACCAAGAUCGUUCAGCAUGCACCAGCGACCUCCAUGCAUCAACGUAGCUGUCCAAUGUGCCGCCGUCUAUUUCCAAUAGGUACUUCUCUCCUGUCCCUCCCAUCGCCAACCCUACCUCACACACCAUCCCGGACGACAGUCGCCAUUGACCCCCAUUUCGUCCCACCCUAUCUCCACCCCUAUCUAUUACCCCCUUUCCGCAAACUCUACCUGGACUCGACUCCGGACUUGCCGUGCCCUAACCCUGGCUCAGGACCGGCAAAGUGGCAAGAGACACGAGAACAGCUCGAAACCGAGCGAGACCGUCUUCGGGCCGAAAACGCGGUGUUGCGUACGAGCUGUGCUGCUUGGCGCCGGCGUGCGGAUGCACAUGCUGCGGUACACAUUGGCCUCGCGACGUUUGCGCGGCUUGCGAGGGAUUAUGCGCGGAUGAUGCAUGUGCAGAGGGAUGAGCUGGCCCGGAGGUGUGAGUCUCUGAAGAGGAAGUACGAUGCCAACGACAACGACAAUGGAUUCAGUGACGACGAGGACGAGGACGAGUUUGCGCACGAGAGCUCUACCAAUGCGAGUAGCUCGCCAAUAACCGUCCCUCCACCAUCGACACAGUCGAUGACCCCGACAGUUGAGUCCUCAAUGGCGACAUCAUCUAGUGUCCACGCCGUUGAGGCGGCAGGAACAAGUCUAGACGCAGACCGUCACCGUUCGAAGAAGCGUCGAGUGGAUAAUCAGGAGGACGAAGCCAUGGUCGCACAAUCAUGUCACCGUCCAGGCAUCUAUAUUGCUGCAGUACCUGCUCACUGAGCAUACGUAUACCUAUCGCUUUGCUUAACAUUAUAUUUUUCUUUGUC